ACCUGUGGGCACUAAUUUCUCCGAAUUUUGGUCAAAACAACCAACUACUCAAUUGAAGUGCUUCCAAUUUGCAUCCCCACUACGUUACAUAUUCACAUCACGACCCUUUUAAUUAAUUACUUCUCUGAUUAUCUAUCUAUAUCCUCUUACAUCUCGUCCCGGAUCCAUAGCUUUCUCUCACCUCAAUUGUUCUUCAUCUAGCUCUGCCUUCUUCUGGACUCAAAAAAAGAGGUUUUUUUUGCUGGGUUGGGAAGCAGCCCUUUCUGGGAAGAUCAGAUCAUGGCAGUUAAUGAAGCUGAAGCUAAAGGCUUCAAUCCAGGCCUCAUCGUUCUGUUGGUUGUUGGAGGACUUCUAUUAACCUUCCUAGUUGGAAACUACAUACUUUACACCUAUGCUCAGAAAAACUUGCCACCAAAGAAGAAGAAGCCCGUUUCAAAGAAGAAGAUGAAGAGGGAGAAGCUCAAGCAAGGUGUUGCACCUCCAGGAGAGUAAAUAUUCAUGGUCUUCAAGCAAAUCUAAAUCGCUGCUUCGGGGUUUUUUUUAUAUAAUUUGUUUCCAUGCAACUCUAAAUCGAGUUUUGAGUCUUUUUGUAGUUAGUCACAGGUUAGCAUCGGGUAAUUCAGUGGUUAGUACGAGGACUUUAUAAAAUCUCAAGUUUCCUUAAUAAGCAGGGUCUUUAAGCUUGAUUAUGUUUUCGCAAAAAAGCUGGUUUAGCUUUCAUCCUAGUGAUCAAGCACGGUAGCUUCAAUGUGAUAGGCUGAUUGUUCUUGUCUUGUUGGUGUAAAGAUGUUGGGACUCGGGAAGUGUUUUCUAGUAAUUUUGGGUAGUUUUGUUCACUCUGCUUGAGCACUUAGUGUUGACCCGAAGCUAUAAUAUGUGUUAAGAUUUGUUUAUCGAAUGGAACAAUUGUGUGUUAGUGUCAA